AUGCGCCGCCGCCAUCUUGUGAGCGCCGCCGGGCCCGCCCUGCACGGGGUCCUCCCGGCCGCCAGGGGGCGGCUCCCCGCUGUGCCUCCCCGCCCCCGGGACUGCCAGGACGUUCACUGGGGCUUCCGGGCCGACGGCGUUUACCUCGUGUCCCCGGGGGGCCCCGUGCCCGUCUACUGCGACAUGAGCACCGAGGGACACGUGUGGACGGUGUUCCAGCGUCGCUUCAACGGCUCCGUCAGCUUCUUCCGGGGCUGGAACGAUUAUCGCUCCGGCUUCGGCCGCGCCGACGGCGAGUACUGGCUGGGGCUGCAGACGCUGCACCUGCUGACGCUGCAGAACCGCUACGAGCUGCGCGUGGAGCUCGAGGACUUCGAGAACAACUCGGCCGUGGCCACCUACGGCACCUUCGCGCUGUCGCCCUCGGCCGUCAGCGCCGACGAGGACGGAUACACCCUGCACGUCGGGGGCUUCGUCGGCGGCGGCGCCGGGGACUCCCUGAGCUACCACAACGGGCAGAAGUUCUCGACGUUCGACCGGGACCAGGACCUGUUCUCUCAGAACUGCGCGGCGCUGUCGUCGGGGGCCUGGUGGUUCCGCUCGUGCCACUUCUCCAACCUCAACGGCUUCUACCUGGCCGGGCCCCACCUGUCCUACGCCAACGGCAUCAACUGGGCCCAGUGGAAGGGCUUCUACUACUCCCUCAAGAGGAGCGAGAUGAAGAUCA